ACUCUGGAUUGGCCAGCAAUGCGCCUCGCGUACUGGACAAUCGCCAUAGCGUUUUCCUAUUCGUUCAUGGCUGCUGCUCCUGCACCUUCGGCCAAUCACAGAGUUUUUGCACCUAGACUCAAGUAGAAGUUAAACAAAUUCUUGAACCAUGGAAGGGAAUACCGUAGCCCAGACUUUGACCGCUGAUCAGCUUGGUCAGAUCCAGACCAUUCAGACCCAAGGUGCCCAGGCCGGUGGUCAGCAAGUCCAACUACAGUUGCAAGGACAGCAGUUGGUCCAGGUCGGUGGGGGAGGUCAGAUCUUGGCCGGGGGUCAACCAAUCACACUGCAGGUCGCUGGAGGUCAGACGGGGACAACACAGCUACAGCAGCUGGCCCAAACACUGCAGGUCGUGGGUUCCGGUGGUCAGGUGCAACAGAUUCAACUCAUUCCCACCCAACAGCUCCAAGGCAACACCCAAACCACACAGGGUCAGGCUCAAGUGGUACAGACACAGAGUGCCACAUCCCAAGGACAGCAACAGCAGACACAACCGGAACAAACACAGCAACAAGCACAACAGAUCCAAAUUGUACAACCCCAGCAAGUUCAGACAACAAACCAACAGGGUCAGCCGGUGCAACAUAUCAUUGUCCAACAACCACAGCAGGGCAACUCACAACAACAGCAACAACCACAGCAACAACAACAGCAACAAGGGCAGAUACAGUUGCAGCAGUUGAUAACUGCAGAUGGACAGACGAUCUACUACCAGCCGGUCGUUGCCGGGGAUAACCAGGUCACUUUAUCAAGUGGUCAAUUACAAGGAAGCGGUAGCAGUAAUGGCGGUGCUGGGGAUAACAAUGGGGUCAUGCAGUUACAGACAACUAACCAAGUCCAACCGGCUUCAGGAAGUACUGCAGCAAGUACAGCUGGAGGUAAUCAGAUUCUCCAAGUAGCAAACAAUGGUACAGACAACAGUAUUGUUAUGAUGAUACCAGGCAGUGGGGGUGUUCCCACCAUGCAGAGAAUCCCUCUACCAGGAGCAGAGCUCCUCGAAGAAGAGCCCUUGUAUGUGAAUGCCAAGCAGUACCAUCGAAUCUUGAAGAGGAGACAAGCUAGAGCUAAGCUUGAAGCUGAAGGAAGGAUUCCAAAAGAAAGAAGGAAAUACCUUCACGAGUCUCGUCACAACCACGCCAUGAACAGGAUCCGUGGUGAGGGCGGUAGAUUCAACUCCGGCGAAGGCGAAGACCUCAACCCAUCGCCCGUCUCCUUGUCAAAACAGCAGCUUCAACAACAACAGCAGUUACCCACCAUGGUGCAGCUACCACAGGGGAUGACCCUGACAGCGGGCGCAGAUGGACAGGUAAGCCAAGAAGGGAUGAUUCACCUCAGCAUGCUGACGGGAGUUAACGCCUCCACCGCAUCACAAGUUCUGAUUGGUCAAGGCAACGCCGUCACAACAUUAUCAUCUAAUGGCGUCAGAGGUGUCUCGCAAUAGUAUGCUGUCAGACCCUUGCCAAAACGGACAACUAGAACUCAGAAUUUUAGAGAACCUUGAUUAAGAUAUUUCCAAGGCCUUGGAGUGCAUCGGGAAAGG